GGUCUUUCAGACACAACCAAAGAGCGGGGCGCAGUUUAAGGAUCUCUCCCUUCUUACCAGCUCCAACUUCCAAACUCAAAUCCCAUCCUCUCCCAUUCCCUUUAAUUGUUAAUAUUUUCUUGCUCUUUCCUUCCUACCCGUUUUUUUUCUCGCUCUCCAAACAGCCAUGGUCUUCACUACUCUGUUUCCGACCCCUUUUCCUCCUUGUUUCAAAAGAAUCAGAACAUUGUCCCAGUCCAACAAUUCUAAGCUCGCACACACUCUGUUUAAACGCAGCAACGAGUUCGAGAAGAAAUCUGUUGUGUUCAAAUCUUCGAAAUGCGUUAGGGGGUCUCUUCUCAAUCCCAAUUCGUCGUUGUCGGCGGCGCCGGAAGCUCCGGCCCGUGCGUCGAGCCUAAAGAUUCAAUCUUUAGCGUCGGAGUUCAGGUCCCUGCCGGAGCCGAUCGACCGCGUGAAGCGGCUGCUGCAGUACGCGGCGAUUCUGCCGCCGCUGGAGGAGUCGGCGCGCGUGGCGGCUAACAGGGUCACCGGGUGCACGGCGCAGGUGUGGGUGGAGGCCCACGUGGACGAUUUGGGGCGGAUGAGAUUUGGGGCCGACAGCGAUUCGGAGAUCACGAAGGGGUUUUGUUCGUGUUUGGUGUGGGCGCUCGACGGAGCGGCGCCGGAGGAGGUGCUGGCUGUGACGACGGAGGAUUUGGCGGAGAUGAAUGUCGGGUUGGGCGGCGGCGCUAGAGUUCACUCCAGGGUGAACACUUGGCAUAAUGUUCUGGUCAGUAUGCAGAAGAGGACUACAGCUUUGGUUGCAGAGAAAGGUGCCACUGCCGAGCCAGAGUCUUUUUCCUUCUCUGAUAGUCGCUUCUGAUGAUGCAAGAAGUGCUGAAGGAAGCUCAGGUUAUGUUCCUGCUCCCUGAUAGUGUGGGAUCAGAACUAGUCAGCUUACUGAAGGAGAAGAAAAUUGGCGCUGUUGCCCUUUUUUGUAUGCAUUCGUAAGUCCAGCCGGGGUGUUUUAGCAACUUCAUAGAAGCUUUGGAUGGCCAAAAGCAGGAUUCGGGUUCAUGACUCUCCUAAGAAUGGUUUCAUGUCAGAAAAUGUUCAGACAAUACUUGGUCAUGCUGGAUUUGGAAAGGUGCAAUUGUUCAUGGUGUGAACUUCUCGUAUCAGGAUGGCAUGUGCACCGCACGACCUCUUCGAUUCCAAAUUUGUGGACAGGAUAAAGGAAAUUUACUUUCACACAUUCAUAACAUCACAUUUUGAAGUUCGAACUCCAUCUCAAAUACCCAUUUGCAGUUCUGGAUGCGAGCCAAGUUUACUCGACGCAGAUCGGGAUAGGCUCAUUGGAAGUGAAAGAGAGUGCAUUAUGCACCUGUUCUGUUUACUCAUGCUGUGGAUGUUUGGUUUUUUAAUUACUCCCAACUCUGUAAGUUAAAACAAACAUAACACUAUUAAAAAUGUAAAAAAUUUUUGAGUCAAAUUAUAUAAUGAUAGUUAUUUUUACAAGUCAUUCUAGGAAUGCCUUAACAU